UAUCGCGCAUAACAAAGUUAUGAGAUUUCUUUCACUAUAAGCUGUUUCGCUACUUCUCGCACUGUUACUUUUAAGUAGUUUAGUAAAAUAAAAAUGGCGAAAAUAAAAUUAACAAGAAUAGUGCUAUUAUUCUAUAUCGGAAUUGUGGCGGUAACAAUCUUCGUAUUUACGAUGUUGGCCAGCAUGAUGGAAAACGCGAGCCCAAAUGGAGCGUGGCACAUUGCUAGCGUGGUGUUGAAUUCCCAUCAAGAUCUAGACGAGAAUCAUGUAAAAAAAGAGGCAAUUGGUAACAUCGUUGAUCGCGUGCAAAAAAUUGGAAAAGCAAUAGAGAAUAUUAGCGGAAAAAUCGAGACCAUGAAAAAAAAAGCUAAAAGAACAAAAGGGGAGAGAAACAAUGAGCAUAUUCGAAGAUUUUGUCAUGUUCCCAAACCAACUACUCAAUAUCCGUUGUGUGAAGAAAAAUUCAAUUAUGUUAAUAUUAAUUGGGGUAAUCCUUGUUUUGCCAUGGAAAACAACAUACGUGCAGACGAUACAUGUUCCAUCCUGAUCUAUUUGAGUGAAGUCGAACAUUGGUGCCCACGUUUACCAUGGAGAAAAGCAUCCUCAACUUCUAAGAAUAUACUGCUUGAUAGAAUUGACAGAAAGAUUAAUAUUCGAACAAAUGUCGAUGGAUUAAUUACAAAAUGGUUUAACGAUUCCAAUUACCAGUGGAUGAAAAAUCGGAUUACAUCGAUGAAAAAGAACUGGGCCACAGCUAUUCUGAAUCUUAAUCAGAAGAGACAACUAACAAAACGGACAAAAAAGAGAAUACUCGUUUACCUCGGAGCGUUUUCAAUCGUGCCUAUAAUCUUGGAACGAGCAUUUUCUGGGGGUGCAUUGGGAGAGUUGGUUCAGUGGAGUGACAUAAUCACAUCUUUGUAUCUUCUUGGUCAUGACGUCACCGUUGUUAAAUAUAAAGAUGAAUUUCUGAGAUAUUUUCCUGUUCCAAACAAGAAUGGCUGUAUAAAUAACGAUACAGUAAAGCAGUUUCAGUAUGAUUUGUUGUAUACGGAUAUCACUGGAAUCGAAUCUGUUAUUAAGAGAAUUGGUCCCUAUUGGUCAGAAGUGAGAUGUAAGUCAAGAGUAGUGGAUUCAUUUGGUACCGAAGCUGAAUUCAACUUUAAAGCAACCGACAGCAAGUAUAAGUCUAUAUGGGGGAAUCUGGAGUUGAACUUGAGACAAUUUAUGACCAUGUUCCCUCACAGCCCAGACAAUUCUUUCAUUGGUUUCGUUGCUGGUGCGUCAAAAAAAGCGUCAAAGAAGUAUGCAAAAAAGAAUAUGGCUCUGGUUUAUGGAAAACAGGAUGUGUUCUGGAUGGUUGGAAACAAGAUGUAUUUGGACAAAAUUCACGAAUAUGUUGAGAUUCAUGGUACAUUUAAUCGAACACUUGGUAAGUUGCCACAUUACAUACCAAACUACGUUAUCAACCAUGGAAUCGUGAACGGAACUACAAUUCAGAAACUGUUACAACAGUCAAAGGUUUUUGUUGGCCUUGGUUUCCCAUAUGAAGGCCCAGCUCCUCUGGAGGCAGCUGCAAAUGGUGCAGCAUUCCUAAACCCAAAGUACCCGGUUCCUCACAACAGAUACAAUUCCGAGUUCUUCGCUACCAAACCAACAAGGAGACUUGUUACAUCACAAAAUCCGUACGCAGCGCAAUUUAUAGGAGAACCUUAUGUCUACACAAUUGACAUGCGGAAUGUUACACAGAUUACCAGAGCCAUGAAUAAAAUUAUGAAAAACACGUUGAAACCGUAUCUUCCAUUUGAAUAUACUCACGAAGGAAUGCUGGAAAGGAUGAGUGCACAAAUAGAGCAUCUUGAUUUCUGUGAAGACAAACAAUGGCCACCAGUGAAGAAUAUGAAAACAGUGAAAGGAAAAUUUGGCCAGUCUUGUAAAGAUGCAUGCUGGGAAAAAGGAAUGCUAUGUGAACCUUCAUACUGGGACAUUUUAAAUCAAUUGAUUUCGUUUAGAAGAGAGAGAAUAUCGUGUGAUUCCGUGAAGUAUAGUAAUCUGUUAGUGGCACCAUCAUUUGAAGAGAAAACAAAGACCUGUCACUUCCAACAACAGCCAUUGUUAUACAGUUGCGUAUCUUCCUCUGGCUCUCACAUGAGACUCUGUCCAUGUCGAGACUAUAUCAAAGAUCAAGUUGCUUUGUGCAAAGACUGUUGGUGAAUAAAAUAAAUGAUGAAUACGCUAAAUGUCAUCACUAAGAACGUAAGCGAUUUCAGCUGGAUAUAAGCAUACAUAUGCUUGUAUUUUUAUAAAAUAUUCUGGCACCUCAUUCGAUGUAGGAUUUCCACUCGACCUUUAUACAUGCAGUAUACAUAUUUUAUACUUCGUGUUUCGAUACCAUCACUAACAUUCUGGUUGUAAAAGUCUAUUAUAAGCUAAAC